UUUGUUCGUUUGGGUAGUGUUUUUACGGUCGACAGCAAGAUGUACAUCUUUGACAACUUUAAACUGACAACAAUUAACGAAAAUUUGUACGUAGUUAUGUUUUGUGCCAGCAACAAUAAAUUUCAUGUCAACAACAGAAAUACAGCCCAAACUAUUUUAUCUCAGAAGUCAACAACUGUUUUAGUUGAAACCAUGGUAACUGUCAACUGGAAGUCUGUGUAUGUAUAAAUUAGCGACAACAGAGUAUAAUUAACAUAGGUGAGCGAACGUUUCUCGUGUUUAGUGAUCAAUUUGAGCAAAAGAGAACAAGAGAUCAGGAUGGACAGAAGAGGCGUAGCUCCACCUACCAAUAUGUCGGGAAACCGUACAUUCUAUCCACAGCCUCGGGCUAACGACCUAGCAUUUACGAACGUUAUACAAGUUAUUCAAGCCACUGGAGGCAAUCUUGGAUUAUUUAUUGCCAAGUAUGAUCCAGCCAAAACAGCAACACGUUUCAGAAACUCUUAUGAUCAGGACGAAAUUCCACGUCAGGGAAAAUCUGAGAAUUUGCCGCGGAGAAGAGGUAGUGUUGUCGAUGGAAUAUCAAAUUACAGUCGAUUUAAGCCUGGUGCCAGCAGCUCACGAUAUCAGCCUGUUCCUCAAGACCAGAGACACAAAUCUAAGGACAUGAGUCCGCCUGUCAGGAAAAAUGAUUUUCCUAAGAGACGCCGUUUAUCAGGUUAUGACGCGAAUGAGUGUAGAGAUAACGUCACACCGAGGAGCCCGACUCUGGUAGAAGACAGAGAUUCGGAAUGGCAGACGAGAGCUAAUACGAUUUUCACCAGCACCGGCGAGGAAAUCGAUAAAGACUUCUAUGAAAGUCUACCUGAUAGGGUUGACAUCUCUGAGGUUGACAUACGAGGCCAGCGACCUCUAGUACGUCCUUACCAAGUAACCCCACAGAAUGAAUUUGCGUCCGCAUCUGGAGAUACGAGUCCCUUGUUCACGAUGCCAAAUGCGCACGAAGUCAAGCAUGAUGCCGAAAGCAGUAAUAACACCCCGUAUUAUGCGUUCUUAAAAGAAUUAAUUGAUGGCGAUGAUACAAACGAAGAGACCGACAGUAGGAGGAAUGUCCCAUAGUCGGGAUCUGCCGACCGUUCAACCGGAACCGCAUAUCCAAAGGAUCAUAGAGACACUGACCAAGAAAAGGCCUAAGGAGGGUGGACAGAAGAAAGUCAGUUGUUUUAGGACAAAAAUUGUGCGAACAACUGUUAAGCACCAUAAUAGAUAAUUUGAAAAUUUGGGGGAUUUGGUCCCUUGAGGGACUGAGUUAAUUGUAGAGGGCAAGAUUUUAUUCCCGCUGUUGGAGGUGUGCGAAAGUUUCAGCAAAUUUGAAGGUGUUCGUGUGACUGGUGAAUGACGAGACCCGAGUACUCGGUUGUGGAAGAUACUCAAGAAGUUAUAUUUUACAUGCUCAAAGCGUUGAGUACAUAGAUGGCUACCUUUUGGACUGUAGCGCCUUGUGGUGUGGUAGACGUUAAUAAAGUUUGAGAGGUCCUUGUGCCUCCAUCUUCAGGGCGAGGAGUAAGAACCGCGCGUCUUUGGUUUUCAGACAAAGAACCAGUCAAUGAAGGCAAAACUUUGGCCGGACCAGUGGGGCGUAGGGUAGUGGACGGGCAGUGGCCCGGGAGGUAACGAGAGAGGGGAAGGUCGUGCCUCAUUCUGGCCAGUCGGACACUCCCCAACCUUGCUCGAUCCGGACCCCCAUUGAUCCGUCCAAGGUUUUACCCUGACUGACUGGUUCUUUAUUUGAAAAUCGUAGACGAUCGCGGGUUACUCCUGACUCUGAUGAUGGAGGCAGCAAGGACCUCUGAAAUGUCGGUAAGUUUCUAGCAGACUACAAAGCGCUACAGCCCAGAAGGCAGCAAGCCAUCUUCAGACUCACUGUCGUGAACACUUCAAAUCCAACGUGUUUCAGUAUUUACAGGGUUAUUCAUAAUUCCCUAAUACAUUACAAAAAAUCGCUAGCCUUGAAUGGUACAAUGGAUGUUAACAUAGGACUUGCCGAUAGAAAGAUAAACUCGCUACGUUUAUUUUACACACCUCAUAAAUGCUCUAUGUGUCCUCCCUUGUUACGCGGCAGACGUCAAGCCGAUAAUCCAUUUCCGCCCGUACCCGCUGCAGCAUGUCACGAUCGAUUUGUGAGAUGGCAGCUAUGAGUCGUCUUCGCAGCUCAGCCAGAUCCCGUGGCAGAGAUGGUACAAAGACCUGGUCCUUAACGUACCCCCAUAAGAAAAAAAUCACAUGGCGUCAAGUCUUGUGAUCGGAGUAGCCAACGAAGCAGUGCAUGGUCAUUGGCAACGUUGUGGCAAAUGCUGAUUGAGGUAUGAAUAACCCUGUAGUUUUAUCAUUGUUUUUGGACAUCGGGGAGGAGGUCCUUAGUUCAAAGGCACAGAAGCAGGGAUCUAAAGCCAACGAUGGCCACACUGAUUCGAAACAUGUCGUUCAAGUGAACAGUAAACACAGUGUGCAAAAAGCAACGUGAAGAUAAACCAAGAAUCCAGCGUAACACACCGAAUGCUACACAACAGAAGUAUUCAUUCAACAAUAAAAUAUCUAAUUCUAGGUCUUUAUAUUUAUAAAACAGAAUGUACAAUAAAGGCUGUUAAUUUGUGAAGAAAUUUAACUGUAAUUUAAUGGUUGUUGUAAGGAUAAAUAUAAAGACAUUAAAUGAUAUUGUCGUCGAA